AUGACAAAGAUGAUGUUUUCUAAAAAAAAGAAAUCAAUUGACGCUUCAGAAAAGAAGUUGGGAGAUUUAAAACAAUGUCUUAGUGAAAGCAGUAUAAAUAAUAAAGAAUUUUUAAACAUUAGUAAUAAUAAUAUACAUCAUAAAAAGUCAUCAUCUCAAAUAGUAGAUAUAAAACAACAACAACAUCAACAAUAUUUAAAAAAGAUGAAUAGUAGUUAUAAUAAUAACGACUUAAUAGUAGAUAAUAGUAUUGUAGUACAAGAUAAAAACUUUAAUUCAAAGAGUCAAAAUGCUGGUGCAUCAGAAAUAUACGGUAAUAAUAUGGAAAAACAUCCUUCAAGUGCAGUCGUAAAUAACAAACCUACUUUUUCCCCAAAGAACAAUACAAUUAAGAAGAUAUUUAAAAAAGUUUUAGAAUUUAAUAAAAAGAAAGAUAUAGAUCCAAAGAUAUAUGAAUUCAUCAAGAUGAUUGACCAUCAUAAAGAAUUUUUCAAGAGAUCCCCAGAAAUAGAUAGAUAUGUAAUGACCUUAGCAUUUGUAUACUUAAAGAAGGCUUUUCCGGAUGAAGAUAUUACAAGCGAAUUAUUUUUUUACUCUUUAUAUUUAGCUUGGGAAACCGAAGAAGAUUCAACCUUAGGCUUAGAAAGUAUUAUUCAUUAUAUUAUUGGUAGUUAUCCAUCAUCCAAAAACAAAGAAAAGAAUCAAAGAAAACAAGAAAUCAUUGAAUGGAGAAUGAGAUUAAGACAGUUCCACACUGGAAAAGAUAUAUUAUGGAGAGCUUUAGACUAUAAAACCGUUGUAGAAUACCCUCAACUUCAAAAAACAAUUAAAACCUUCCCAAACCAUGAAAUAUUAAAAAGAGAAAGAACCAAUACGACCUCAAUCAAAUUUUUUUAAAAUAUAAUAAUAGUUUUAUAAAAUAAUAAUAAUAACAAUAUAUAUUUAUAAAAACAUAGUAAUAUUUAUAUAAAAUAAUAAUAUAGUAAUAAAUAAUUAUUUAUUAUUGUAUAUUUACAAAAAUCUUCUUUUCUUUUUCUUUUUUUUUAUUUAUUAUUUCUUUUUUUCUUUUUUUUUUUAUUUAUUAUUUUCUUUAUUUUUUAUACAAAUUAUUAAUAACCAAAUGGUUCUGAAUUCACAUUAGAAUCAAUAUUUGGUAAGGUUUCGAACUCCAUUUUAUCUGCUAAACCAUUGCUAAGACUUUCAUUUGUUGUACCGUCAUCUGUUAAAUUAUUGUUGUUAUUUGAUUUUUGUUGAGGUUUAAUAUCUUCGUCAUCUUCAUCUUCGUCAUCUUCAUCAUUUACACUUGUAUUGCCGAUGUUAGCUUCGUCUUCGCUUGAGCUACUUUCAUCUUCAUCAUCAUCCAAUUUGCUGUCAUCUUCUAAAUCUUCAUCUUCAUCAUCCAACAUUUUAUCGUCAUCUUUUUUCGAUGGGCUAUCGUUUUGGGUAAUGUUUUUAGAGCUGUUAAUUGCUGUAGUGUUGGUAAUUGUACUAUUACUUUCGAUUGAUUUAGUGGAUGGAGUUAAAGUUGUAGUGGUGGUAGUUGUAUUGGUAGUUGAUUGUUCACUGUCGGAACCAAGUGCAUUAAUAUCGGAUGAUGGUGAUAACAUUGCUUUGUUCACUCUUGCUGAUCCAAUCUUUUUAAAUGGUGUUCUAAUUGAAGUUGGCUUUUCAUCUGCUGAUGAUGGAUGUAAAUCAUCUGAAAUGCCUGCAUCUUGUAAAUGUUUCUUUUGAAGUUGAUCUAUUUUUCUUGAGGUUCUUCUUGUUUUUGGU